GAUGUCUUUCUAUGAAUACUAUCCAAUGUCAAUAGCUGUUGAGCGAGUGUUGAAUCGUCAUGGAACGCGUGCGCCACUGAAGGCUCGUGAAGUUUUCCUGUACGCGUUGAACAACUUAAACUUUAGAACUCCUCGAAUGCCUCAUUUAUCACUUUGUACAAGAACAAUGUGUCCUUCGCACUAAGUAGACUUCUCAGAUGCCUAGCUCGGAACAAGCUAUCAAAUCGACUAUAGAAUUCUUUUUCCAGACCAGUGUCUUUUGGGCUCACAGUCGGCAUCUUGGGAUCAGUGCCUUGUUCUGGUGCAAGUUUCUAGUCACUUUUGGUGCCAGGCGUUCCCUCUAAACUACUUAUUCUUCUCAUUCUUCUACUUCUACUUCUGUUUUUUCUUCUUUUCUUUCAAUAUACAUAUAUUAUAUUUCUCUACCCCACUUAAGAUUGCCCGGGACUCGUUCUGCCCAUUUUCUUCGUUCUGGAGUGCACUUGUGUGAUGCUGCCCGCAAGCUUCGAACAUAGUAGAGUCAAGCAGGUGACUGGUACCGCGCCUCCUCUUGUCGUCACUUUCGAUCAGAAUUUAUGUAGAAUCUAGAGGACAUUUAGCAACAGGACCUUAAGCCGUCUUCUGUACCUCACAACUGAAUCUGACGUCCGGGAUCUAAAGAAGUUUUGAAACUAUUGAUGCGUCGUAGAUUCUAACUCGGCUUCAUCUUCAUUUCGGAUAGUGCACGGAUAAACUUGUCUGCUAUCUCUGGAGUCUGCAGUCUUUGGCUACCAUGGCUGAGAGCACAUCGACACCUGUCUCCGAGUCUGCCCUGCAGACACAGGAGCCGAGAAAAUCCAUUCCCAUAAAGGCUUGGUACUACAAUCCCAGCGAUGCACCUCCGAGCGAGCCGCACCAGUACUCUCCCAACCGAGACGUGUCUACUGAUCAUCUUCAAAAAUUGGGAGUGCUCACGUGGACUCAAAUUGAAACGGACCAAUUUGAGAACAAUAGAUUUUUGAAUAAAAUUAAGACUGUUCGUGGGUACAACUAUGAGGAAGUGUUAACUGUCGCCCCUGAGGCGCUCCCCAACUUCGAGGAGAACACGAAGAAGUUCUUCAUGGAGCAUCUCCACGAUCACGAGGAGAUCCGCUUCAUUCUCGAUGGAGUAGGCUAUGAGGAUGUGAGGGAUUACGACGGACAGUGGAUUCGCAUAGAGAUCAAGAAAGGCGACCUGAUCGUGUUGCCCCCAGGAAUGUAUCAUCGGUUCACCCUUGAUAAGAACCAGUACCUCAAGGCGCUUCUGUUAUACCAAGGGACCCCUACCCGCAUCCAGUUCGAGAAGAACCCCGAGACCGAUAUCAUGGAAGUGCGGCUGGACUAUGUCCAAUCAGUGCUGGAGCUGGAGAAGCAUUCGGCACCGGAAGUGCAGGACAAAGUCUUAGCGGCUACAACGAAAGCCAUGGGCGCCAUAACAGUGUAAAAUUCAACAAUUUACUGCGAAUUGGAUUCCAGGUUAUGUCGCAUCAAGGGUCACCUCCAACUCAACUCUACGACUCCACACUCCGCCUGAUUCAUGGGUGGGUACAGUCGCAUGCCAGCUUCCCAAGAAUGACAUACCAGCAACGUAGAGCUAUACCUGUUGCUGCCGCUUUCUAUGCCCUGUCCAGCUUCACGAUCACAAAUAGUUUUCGUGUAGUGAAUAAUAGUGGCGUCUUGUAGACCGUGUCCAAGGCUUGCUGUUCACCACACCUUCCUGUCAAGGCGAAGGAUUGUGCAAGUAGAUGAAACGGAGUCAGUCCCGCCAGGUGCAAAUUCUGUGUGAUGUGUUCACAACUACCGGUGCUCGAUUGUACAUAAACAAUUCCACCCUCUCAAACCAUGUUUUCCUUUUUGUUUGUCCUA